AUGAAUUCUCUGGCCGAGAGCCUGCUGGGGCCGCCGGACCCGUCUAAAGCGGCCUUCCUGGACUUCGGGCUCGGGCCCCCGCCUUCUCCUCACCAGCAGCCCCAGCCCUCGCAGCCGCAGCAGCACCCGGCCAGCCUGGCGCCCCCUUACUCGCUCCAAGCCUUGCACCCGCUGCCGCCGCCGCCGCCCCCUCACGCCUUCUACCACCACCACCACCACCACCACGGCACCUCCUACUCGCCUUACCAGCAGACCCCCAGCGCCCUGGGCCAUGGGACGAGGCUGGAGGAGACGGAACUUGAGAAAUCAACCAUCAUAGAGAAUGGCGAAAUCCGCAUCAAUGGGAAAGGGAAGAAAAUCCGGAAACCGCGCACCAUUUAUUCCAGCCUCCAGCUCCAGGCCCUCAACCAGCGCUUCCAGCAAACCCAGUAUCUGGCGUUACCUGAGCGGGCAGAAUUAGCAGCACAGCUGGGCUUGACCCAAACACAGGUCAAGAUCUGGUUUCAGAACAAACGUUCCAAAUUCAAAAAGAUUAUGAAGCAGGGCUCCAGCAUCCAAGAAGACAAUUUACAUAGCUCCUCAUCUUUGUCCCCGUGUUCACCCAACAUACCUCCACUCUGGGACAUCCCCAUGGCAUGCAAAGGACCCCCUCUGCCUCCUAACAGCUACAUCAACAGCUUUGGACCUUGGUACCAACAGCCACAACACCAAGAUGCCAUGGGAAGGCCUCCAGUGAUGUGA